AUGAAGGCAGCCGUGGUUUCGCAGCUUCUUUUCUACAUUAUACUGCCACUAGCUGGCUCCAGUGACGUGAGGCCAUCGCAAAAAGGUGAUCUUCCAAUCCUUAUACCGAAGCAACCAGAAAUCGACGCGAUCUCUUCGCUAGGCUCUGGAGCACGAAAUGAAGAUACGACCUUCAAAGAAGCAAUCCAACUCCUUGACUCGCUCAACUCAUCACCCUCGUGCAACCGAAUCGCAGCGACGAGGCUGGUAGUGUCAUGCCAGGCAUUCAGCGGCGGCAAAGAUGGCACGCAUGCAGACAGUCCUGAAACCAUGGAUCUUGUGCGGUCUAUCUACGCAGCACGACUGGCAAUAUGCGAGAUCGAGGGUGCCGGUGCCGCGAUACCCCCGUCAUGCCUUCCAGUGACGGUGUCACCCCCUCCUCAGAAGAGUCGUUUCGGAUUUGUGUCUCGCCACAAAUCCUCCGACAAUGUUUCAGAUAAGAUGCCACGGGAGGUCCUAGAAGACUGUCUCCGGGCGAUUGAGUCGCGCCCUCAAUGGUGGACGUCAUACAGCAACAGCCGACAGAAUGCCCUGGUCAUUUGCCAAGCCUCGCGGGUCGAGACAGAGAAGGAGGAGCUGCUCGACCUUCAUCGAUCCAUUGCCAAAGGCAGCCUGAAACUCAACAGUGGCAUUCGCGACGCUUUGCGAGAUGCAGUGGCACAGUCUGAACAGCAACAAUUAUUUAUGGAAGCUGUUCAGGUUCUACAGGAGAAGAUUGUGAUGGACAUGGAACAGACCGACUCGCUAUUUCAACGAACUUUCGGCAACUUCCUUCGAGAAAUCGAGUUAGGGAUUGGAUGCCUCCAAAACAGUAUAUCCUCGGCUUUGUUCAGCUUACGGACAGGAACUGAAGUUCUUGAAAAGGACAUUCACAAUGUUUCAAGCCAGGUAGGCGCCCUUCAGCAGGCCCUACAGACUGUGCAGCAGGAUGCUCUUGCUAGAAACCAAGAGGCAACACUGGUACAGGAGAGCAACGCCAUUGCCCAUGGCAAUCUUGCGGCCUCUUUACAUCUAUCACUCGAGUCACUUCUAGACUCCGACAUGGUGCGGAUAUACAGAGGAAUGCAAAAGUUUGACGCUGCCAUGGAAUGGUUGACGAGCCGAAUGAACAUGAUUCUCGAGCAAGAGACCCGAAUGGCCGAGCGACUUCACACUAUGGAGACAUUCAUGCAUCAAUCCGAAUCAAAAGCGAGCGAAUUACAAACAGCCCAAGAACAGCAAACAGAAGCGCUUGCUGCACAUUCCCGCACUCAGGAGGCAAUCCAAUUCCACGCUCAAGUAUCGCAGGCUCUGCUGAACAAAGCCAACAUCGCAGCUGCCAAUCUGCAAAGCAUAAUUGACGACGCAGCUAUCAAAUAUAAAAGUGGUCCUGGUCUCCGCAUUGAAGGUUAUUCCGCAUGGUCUCUCUGUGGUAUCCUUCUCCUGAUCAUCGCGGCCCAGAACUUCAAAGUUGCGAUUUCAUUAUUAUUUCUUAUUCUCGCGCAUUCUAUGGCGCCGACAAUCCUUCCCUUCUUUUAG